AUGCGUACAGAGAAUAUCUGGGCCGACACGAUAGACAAGGCUGCUGAAAAAAUUCUCCAAACGCUGAAGGAAAAGACUAAUACUACCAGAACCGUCGGUAGCAGAGACAAUGUCUUCUAUUUCGAUGGCUGGGACGGGCUGGGGGCGUCCGCAGUCCUCCGAGCCAUCGCCCAACGCCUCGCCACAACUUCAGCAGAUGGGAAGAGGGCUCUGGCCGAACAGGAGUUUGAUCAGGUCAUCCACAUUGACUGCUCGAUGUGGGAGAGCAGGAGAGUGCUUCAGAGGUUGGUCGCAGAGCAGCUGAGGCUCCCCGAUCAAGUGAUGGAGUUGUUCGACAGGCAGGACGAGGAGGACGAUUUCCACGGGGUGGCCCCGGGAUCCCGAGCUGAGGUGCAACAAGUAGUGAGGGAGAUGCAUCAGCACAUAAAGAAACUGGAUAACAGAUUCUUGGUGGUUUUCCACAAUGGAAGCAGCGAGGAGAUUGAUCUUGCCAGUUUGUGUGGCUUCCCUCUGUCCGGGUACUCGACCAGCAAGGAGCUCUGGCCCUACCUUGUACUCCAAGAGGCUGCGGAAGUAGUUGCGGCACGCAAGGUCAAAACUGGGUCUGCCGGCAUUAUCGAUCAGCCCGAACAAGUGGUCGAGUGCUUCCUGUACAUGUGGGAGCUGUGUUGCAUACGCAGUCAGUGGAUUGACUAUGAGUUGGACACCCACAUCACCAACUACUGGGUAUGUGAUGGCGUCAUACAUCAGCAGCUACAACAGGGACAGAGAGAUGAUGGGUUGUGGCGAGCUGCUGAUGCUCUGCAGUUUGAGAUGCCACUGGAUGCGGACUACCAUCAAUAUUUGCUUUCCCCUCACUUAGCAAAGUUUGUCAAGAGCAAGCCAUUCUGGAGUUCACCGACUUGUGGGUUUACUCGGAUCUCGGACCGAGCUAUUCCAAAUGGAGGCAUGUUCCAACACUAUGCUGACAAGCUUAGUGUUCUCAAGCUCUCAGGCUGCACCUUUGAUUUUCAGGCACCUCCAUUCCUCUGCUGCCAAAGCCUCAGGUUUCUGUGGCUUGACCAUUGCCAAGGCACCAAGAGAAGCACAGAUCGAGCGGGAAAGGAGGACGACAUCCGCCGGUGCUUUCAGAGCUUGUGGGUGCUCGACGUGCGCUACACAGACUGUGAUCAGAUAUUGUCUGCGCAGAUGUUGGCUCUCAUGACCCACCUCAGGGAGCUAAAUGUGAUCGGGGCCAAGGGAUGGGACAUGGGCCAGCUACAGGGUCAAUUGCCUAACAUCCGCAAGCUCCGAGUGAAAGAGUCUGGUGUCAAAUGCAGUUGCUCGGAAAAUGAUCUGUUCUCGGAGAUGAACAAGAUGGAGCAUCUUGACUUUUCAGGAAACUCAUCCUUUACCAUGAAGAGCUUAUUUGGGCCAGGGGUAAGCAGCAAUGUUAGUUGCCUUGAGACUGUCGUCAUUGUUGACGGAUGUGAUGUGGUACAACAAAUCUCCUUCCGCGGAUGUACUAAACUGAACAAUCUACUCUUGGGAGGAUGGAUGUCGAGGCUCCACACCCUAGACAUCUCAGGCACAGCAGUGAAAACACUAGAUCUCAGUACAACAUCCAUCCCGUACCUAGAUGAGCUCUAUCUACUUGACUGCGAGAAGCUUUGUGCAAUCCUGUGGCCACCGAAAGAGCGAAUGAAACAAGAAGGCUUGGGUAAGCUGUGCAUUGACACCACGCAGUCAGCACCCACUGCCCAAUCGAGAGAAGAAAACCCCAAGAGGGGAACUAGUACUGCUACUACAGGAACAUCAGUAGCACCUGCAGCUGCACCACAUGGCAGUCGGCCGAGCAGUGAAUUUGAUUGGCACAUUUCUGUACGGGACGCAAGGCUCCUUGGGUCCCUGGAGCCUGUCUACUCUGAUUCCCGCAAGGCAUAUGUGGAGAUUUCCUCUCCUCCUCAUCCUACCGUUGUUGUUGGUGGUAGCAAAGAUAAAGGAAUAUUCAAGAGCGCAGGCAGUCGUGAGCAGCAAUUGGUGGUAAACCAGCAGCGUCAGCCUGUGCCUGCAGUAUACACAGAUAUCUCCGUGGACCGCCUACAACAAGCUAGUGAAGGCGGUGAUGAUACUCUGGGAAUCAUGUGGAUGUGGCCUUGCCCGGAUGUUCCUGAUCUUCCAGAAAAGAGGUGCUACAUGCACAUACAAGACCAGAUAAAGACAAAAUUACCUCCAGGUGGUGAAGAGACUAGUACUAUUACUGUCCCAAAGUUUGUAACUAAGUCUGCUAAGAUCCUGCAUGUGCACGAUAACCUGUACAUCACUAGCAUCACUUCAGUUGAAUAUGGUUCAGAAUGGCCUGACCUAGAGUGGUGCAGAAUCGAGAGGUGCCCCAAAUUGGACUUUAUCUUCAAUAUAGGGCCCAUGCCGUUUAAUUACAAGCUGAGAACAUUCUGGGCAUCCCAACUCUUAAAGACAAGAUAUAUCUCGACAUCAAAUGGAGCGCGUGCAUUUCCCAACCUGGCAUUGCUGCACCUGGACUUCUGCCCCAGGCUUAUACACGUACUCCCUUUGACCAUGGGGUUGUUUCGCGGGGAUGAGGACAGCUUGCGCCUCCUAGAGACCCUUGAGAUUGCAUGGUGCGGUGAUCUCAAGGAGAUAUUUCCUUUCGAAGAAGACAAGCCAAAUUCCAAAGACUUCCCCAAGUUGAAGAAUAUCCACCUGCAUGAGCUCCCUUCACUACAGCACAUUUGUGGGGUUAGAAUGUCUGCACCGAAUCUUGAGACAGUCAAGAUCAGGGGCUGUUGGAGCCUCAGGCGCCUUCCUGACAUUGGCCGCAGCAACAAGGUAGUGGAGUGCGACUGCGAGAAGGAAUGGUGGGACAGGCUAGACUGGGAUGACCGCUCGCAAGCGGACAACUACAGACCCAUCCACCCACGGUAUUACAAGAAGACCAUGCUCAGGAGCAGUGUGCUCAGGUAG